UAGUAUUAAAAUUGGCGAACAGAGUCUGCAUUGCAUUCAUAAUUGUCGUCAAAUAAGAUGAAUCGCAGACGAGUGCUGGCUAUUUAAAUUAGUGCAACGAAUCAAUUUUUUCCCUUCAUGACAUCAUUGUUGAAGAAAUACGACAUUCCAAUUAAUCACUUGGAUUUCGAUUAUAUAAAAUCCUGUGAAGAUGUGAAGGAAAUUGAGCGUAUCGUUACCAUAUUGAAGUCAGGCGAAGAAGGCUACUACCCAGAUCUAACGAAUUGUGCGUUGGUAAAAUUAAAGGCUCUCAAACCGAACAGUAAGGUUUUACGAGAAGAAGCUCCGGUCCUCAACAAGAGGUCUAUGAACAAUGAGGAGUGGAACCAUAUAACGACAAGCAUUGAUGAUUGGACCGAGUCGAUGAAAAAGAAUUCAGAAAUUUUACGAGAAGAGACGUCGGUGGAUCAAACGAGCGAUGUUUUCCCCAUUCGGCAAUUUUCGGAGAAAGACUCAAGCGAAAAGGAGUCAACGAAAACCAACAUUAAAAGAAUCAAGUCCUGUGACUACGCACAGUGGGAUAAAUAUGAUCCAGAAGUGGAAAUGCUUAAAAUGGAUAUUAACGAGGAACAACAACAGUGCGAGACAGUCAAAGUAAAAAAUAUAAAAAAUUGUACCAGCAUUGACUCUGCGAAAACGCAACAAUUGGCAGAUAAACUGUCGACGAUAGAAAAAGUCGACCUCGCGAAUAAGCAUCGAAUCAAAGGGAAUGAAUUUUAUAAGGCUGCCGACUAUGACGAGGCGAUAAGAGAGUACUCUCUCAGCAUUCAAAUAUACCAUACAGCUUCCGCAUUUAAUAAUCGAGCCAUAACCUAUUUCAAGUUGAAUAACUUGGAUAUGACCAUUGCUGAUUGUGAACAAUGUCUCAGACUUGAGCCAAAUAACGUGAAAGCCUUACAGAGGAAAGCCCAAGCUUUAUCAAGCCAGUCAAGAUAUCGAGAGGCGUACGAUGAUUGUACGAAAAUACUAUCGAUUGAAUCCAAUAAUGAGUGGGCGAGAAAUAAGUUGAUCGAAAUCAAACCGAAAAUCCCGGAUCUACCACCAGCCAAUGCAUUUAGGAUGAAAAUUGUUGAGGAUGAAGAAGACCCUGAAAAUCCACCAAUAGAUCUGACAAAAUACAAUUUUGCUGACCUAAUAAUUCCGAAUAAAAUUUAUCCGAGCAAGCUUUCAAAAUUGAAAUCGAGUUUUGUGCUGAAUAAAAAUGGAAACAGCAAGAAAAAAUCGGACCCAGUCAUGAAAUCAAAGGAACAUAAGAACAAUGCUGGAUUAAUCAUGCCCACUCGCAAUUCACAAUCGAAGUCCAAAAUUACCGAAUAUCGCAAUGGGGUUGUCAUUGAAGAGUUGUAAGUAAUUUUUGACAAAAUAUUUUGUGAGAGCGGGAGGACGUGUUCACCCAAAAAAAAUGUUAAUAAAAA